AUGCGCAUCUCGCCGGACGCCACCCGGCGUGCGAUCCUCCUUCCGUUUGCGGCUGCUCUCAUCUCCACCAGCGUGCCCGGCGCGGCGCUCGCGGGAGAGCGAGGCACUGCUCAGACGGUCGGCUUGGACACCGGCUCUCUCAUCAUCGACCCGAGGGCGCUCAAUGCCGAGCGUGGCCUGAUCUGGGGCGGCCGCGAGCGCUGCGACCCAACGGACGUAGCAUGCACACAGGGCGGCGAGCUCAUCACCGCUGCUGGCGAGCUGCCACCGCCGAAGCGACCAGUCGGGUAUGAGGUGACGGACCGACUGAAGAUGUCCUUCGUCGUCGCCGGCGAGCCGGCAGGCGACGUCGUCGUCGCUCUGUGGCGGCCCGCUGCUCCGACCGCCACGGACGCCUUUGUGCGGCUCGGCCGCGGGAUGCUUACGACCGGCGAAAACGAGGAGCCGGCCUCGCUCGAGCGGAGCACAGCGGUGCGGAUCCUACGCAACGAGGCAGUUGUGCUCGGCGCGCUGCGCAAGCCCGGCGGCUCGACGCUGCUCGUCGCGGGACAGACGCGCCCUCAGCGCGUGCCGGUGGCGCCGCCAAAGUACGACGACGACAACAACCUCUCGCACGACGCGGCGGGCUGGCUGUCGGUGAGACGCGGCGGAGGUAGCUUCGAGUUUGUGCUCACGCCGCGCGCCAACCCGGCCCUCGACCGCGAGUGGCUCAUCAUCGGGCAGGUUGAGGAGGGCAUGGGCCUCGUGGAGCGUCUGAACACGCUGCCAACCAACAACUACGACAGGGCUCCGCUCGCCACGGUGCAGUUGAGGUCAGUGACCGUGCUUUGA